AUGCAGAUUGAGUCUCUUCUUGUACAGUUCUAUAAAUCUAUCCCAGUAGUCAGCCGAAUUCUGUUCACAAUAAGCAUAGGACUAACAGCCCUGACAUAUCUCAAUGUAAUUAGUGCAUAUAAUCUGAUAUAUUCCUUUGCGCACAUCAAGAAAUUGGAGCUCUGGAGGGUUAUAACUGCGUUUUUCUAUUGGGGACCACCCACCCUUGACACAGUCGUGCACCACUUCUUCAUGCUGAAGUACUGCAUAAUGAUGGAGGAGACUGGGAGUAAUCCAGCUGAAUUUCUGUACAUGAUUAUCAUAGGAAUGGCGCAGAUACUAGUGGCUGCCUCUGUCUUGGGACUGUCCAGGCUCUCUAAUGUCCUGUCUACGUAUAUUAUCUAUGUCUGGAGCCGUAAGAAUCCUUUGAUUAUUGUGCAGUACAUGGGACUGUUCAAUCUUCCUGCGUACUACAUCCCAUGGAUCAUGUUUAUUUUCUCGUAUCUCGCAGAAAAGUCACUUCCUACAAAUGAUUUAGUCGGUAUACUGACAGGACACGUGUACUUCUACUUUAAGACAGUGUACACAAAAACAAACCCAGGCAGAGAUCCUCUUGCAACACCUGAGAUCCUGAAAAAUAUCUUCAUAAAAAAGACAGCUGCAGCUGCACAGGCAGUCCAGACAGAACGAGUUCGAAGGCCAGCCACUCUGGCGGACUUAGAGGAGUAG